CCUUUUUGUGUUUUGUGCAGUUGCUGAGUGGGUGGUGACUAGUCUGGGCCUAAUGCGACUCCCAGUAGCAAAUAGUGCUAGCUUGCUAGGUAUUCUUGGACAACAUUAGUAUUAGGCGAUUUCAGGUUAUGAAUGGUAAACCUACGCCUUUAAUUAAUGUUAAAUGUGUCAGCUUGUGCCGACUCUUGUAGCCUAUUUAACACUGAAAAUCCACAAGUGAUGCGGAGAGUGACGCUCUUUGUAAAUGGAACUUCCAGCAAUGGCAAGGUUGUGGCUGUGUAUGGGACCUUAGUCGACCUACUGUCAGUGGCAAGCAGCAAACUUGGUAUCAAAGCUUCGAACAUUUAUAACGGGAAGGGAGGCCUCAUUGACGACAUAGCCCUAGUAAGGGAUGAUGAUGUCCUUUAUGUGUCAGAAGGAGAUAGUUUUGUUGAUCCACAAGAAGAUUGUGAGGAUCAUGGCGAUUUCCCCAUCCAGGCUCACACUGACUGGUUGACCCUGAAUGUUGGAGGACGUUGUUUCACCACCACAAGGAGCACUUUGGUAAGCAAGGAGCCAGACAGUAUGUUGGCUCAUAUGUUUCGAGACAAAGAUGUUUGGGGAAACAAACAAGAUGACCAAGGUGCAUACCUCAUUGAUCGCAGUCCAGACUACUUUGAGCCCAUUCUUAACUACCUCAGACACGGCCAGUUAAUUAUCAAUGAGGGGAUCAAUCUUCGGGGUGUGUUGGAGGAGGCGCGCUUUUUCGGAAUGGAAGAGCUUGCUGAGCAGCUGGAAGGCUUAAUAAAGAAUUCCCAGCCACCUGAUGAUCACUCGCCGAUCUCCCGCAAAGAGCUGGUGCGCUUCCUGCUGGCCACACCCACUAAAUCUGAGCUACGCUGUCAGGGUUUGAAUUUCAGUGGUGCAGACCUCUCCCGUCUUGAUCUGCGCUACAUAAAUUUCAAGAUGGCCAACCUCAGCCGCUGCAACCUCACACACUCCAACCUCUGUGGGGCCAACCUGGAGAGGGCAGACCUAUCCUACUCCAACCUAGAGGGUGCCAAUUUGCAGGGUGUGAAAAUGCUGUGCACCAAUGCAGAGGGUGCCACCUUGAAAGGCUGCAAUUUUGAGGAUCCAGCUGGGCUCAAGGCCAAUUUGGAAGGUGCCAACUUGAAAGGAGUUGACAUGGAGGGCAGUCAGAUGACUGGCAUCAAUCUCCGGGUGGCCACCCUGAAGAAUGCCAAGCUGAAGAACUGUAACCUACGAGGGGCCACACUUGCAGGGACAGACCUUGAGAACUGUGACCUGUCCGGCUGUGACCUUCAGGAGGCUAAUCUGCGGGGCUCCAACGUGAAGGGGGCCAUCUUUGAGGAGAUGCUGACUCCACUGCACAUGUCCCAGAGUGUCCGAUAGACAGUUUCCCUCCCCUCUCUCCACAGGCUCUCUCUCUCUCUCUCUCUCUCUCUCUCUCUCUCUCUCUCUCUCUCUCGAGCAGAGGUGAGUGAAGCUGGACAGUACACUGGGCUAGGCCGCUUAUUCAGAGCACUGACUGACUGUUACUCUGCUGUUCAUGUAAAGAUGUGCACAGUCUACUCCCAGAACAAACUUCUACUGAUUCUGCUUAAGAACUUGUCCUUGAUGACUUCGUUAUUGUCUCUCUAGUUUUUGCACUGAUCUGAAUGGUUAUGUCUAGAUUAUCAUUGCAUGUUGUCCUUCUCAGAUGCAAUCAGAAUACUGUACAUUUGUCCAUGGGGAAUUCUGAUCUCCAGAUAUUUCCACAAACAAAGGAGCUUGUGUCAUAAGCUUGUACCUGAAUGUGAAGUUGUAUUAUAUAUGCAGCUGUCUUUUCACUGUGUCCCGUGUUGAAAUAUUCAAAGCUUUUAUAAACAUCACUGCAGGAUUGUGAUAAUAGUGAAUAAUCAUGUGCUCUGUCUCUUUGGUAAUGAAUCAGCCUUUUUUGUGCAUUGUCUUGCUAUUUUAGUGUUCAGGUGUAUUAUAUUGUCUGUGUUUUUAUGUAGACAAACCAAAAAUGGGUAUAGGUGCAAACAUACUGUAUUUUGUACUUUAUUACAAUGAAUGUUUCAGAGAAAAAUAAAGGCACAUUUAAACAUA